CUUUGCCAUGGUAACGCAGCCGGCAGCCGUACAGGGUCUGAAAGGGCCGCAGUUUCACGGAGCUGUAGCCCCCGCGAGGACACCCCACGACACCGAGUGGAGAUUGCAUUUUUUUCACCCUGUUUGAACCUAAACUGCACCCAGUCAUAAUUUAUUAAGACCUUAACAAUAAGCAGCUAACUCAGCUCUUCUGUGCUGUCGGCGCAGCAUCCCGCUGUUGUUUGCUAACACCAUGGCCGCUUCUCGUUGAUCAUUUAUGCUAACACGGACAGACUCGUCCUCGGCAUGGUCCCUUCAGUCGAAGAGGUGUCUUCGUCCCUUGUACGGGAGUAUUUGAGCCGUAAGGGGCUCAAGAGGACCAUUGCCUGCAUGGAUGAGGAGCAUCCACGCACAGAGGCCAGUAUCAAUAACAGGUCGGAGCUGAGGCAGAUCCUCAGCAUUGACGAUCUCUACAGGAAGAACAAGCUUCACAAUAACCCUCUGAAAACAUUACUGGAGGUUAUUGUAAAGCAUCUCAUUGAACAAGUGAAGAAUGAGAAACCAGUGAGCAGUGAGGUUUCCCCACGGAGAGGGCUCAAGAGGACCAUUGCCUGCAUGGAUGAGGAGCAUCCACGCACAGAGGCCAGUAUCAAUAACAGGUCGGAGCUGAGGCAGAUCCUCAGCAUUGACGAUCUCUACAGGAAGAACAAGCUUCACAAUAACCCUCUGAAAACAUUACUGGAGGUUAUUGUAAAGCAUCUCAUUGAACAAGUGAAGAAUGAGAAACCAGUGAGCAGUGAGGUUUCCCCACGGAGAGCCCAAACUAGUCCGAUGGAUAAUGGAGGAGAGGAGGACAGCACCCCGGCUUCUGUUCCAAGCAAACAGACCAGAUCGAGGCUUGAUAUAACAGCAACAUUUCCUUCUCAAGCUACAAAUGCUUCACUGAUGCCAGCAAACGAUAGAAAGUCCAGUAAUAGUCAGACAGGUUUCUGGGGUCCUGACUUAGGAGUUCAAAAAGACCAUCCAGCGAUGGAUUCCCUCCAAGACAAGACGAGCUUAAUCCAAAAAGAACCAGAAAAAAACACCUCUGAGACCACCCAAAGGAGCAGAACUAAUCGCAUUAGGAGAGGCAUAUUGGCUGGACCGGUACCCCAGGAAUCAAACAGAAAACGUAACAGUCGAAAGGUGUCCCAGCCACUGCUCAGAGGAGAAGAGGAAACCAGACCCACUCAGGAUGGACGUUUAGUGACUGGAGGUUUACAAGGCAGCAGAAGUGGAAUCGGCUCAGCUGACUGUGUACGAGGGGGCCGCGAGGCGCCGAGUGUUUCACAGAGAACACCGAGUGAAAACAGCUUUGAACGAGUGAGACUGAACAUGGUGACGACAACAAAAGCAAAGACCAGGCCGAGUGUGGCUGAUCUGGAUGCGUCUGCGAUGGUCUUGGAUGACAUCGAGGACUAUGAUGACGACCUGCGAGAACUCUGUGACGCCCCUCUGCGGGGAACCUUACCCGAACGCAGCCUCGCCGGUCGGCCGAUGGACCAGCGCACUGCCACGGAAUUAAAAACACUUCUUCUUGGUUCCAGCCUAAAUUGCUUCAAUAUUGAGUGGAGGAAUCAGGGCUUCACGUUCUCAGACACGCAUGACCUCCGAUAUGGGAUUGUGCAGAGAAAGGGAGGUCCGUGUGGAGUUCUGGCGUCUGUUCAAGCCUUUGUUCUUAAGAAACUGCUGUUUGAAAGCACUGAGAGCUGUACCGUGGGCCUGCAGAGGUUAAGACCGUCCAACAGCAUCAGGAGAAAGUGUCUCGUUUUAGCUCUGGCUGAGAUCUUGUGGAGGGCUGGCGAGGAAAAACAAGCCACGGUUGCAAUAAAUUCAGGGAGAAAUCAGUUCAUCGCAGCUCGACCCUACAGAUCUGAGGGGGUGCUUGAAAAGAUCACCUGUUUGACUGUGGAGAACCUCAAAGAUCUGGAGUUGAUCCUUGAGCAGCAUGUUGAGCAAUUUGAACCUGGGAUGUUGGGCUGCGUGCUGCUGACCGUGUCUGCUGUUCUCUCGCGAUCCAUUCAAAAAGUGCAGGAAGAUAUGGAUGUGCCCACCACCACGCUGAUUGGAGCCCAUGGGUACUGCACACAGGAGCUGGUCAACCUGUUGCUGUGCGGCAGAGCAGUUUCCAAUGUGUUUGAUGAUGACGUGGAGCUGGACUCGGGCAACGGCAACAUGACUCUGCUUAAAGGGGUCAAAGGUCACUGUGACGUCGGCCUGCUGUCCUUGUUUGAACAUUAUAACAUCUGUAAGGUGAGAAACCCCGACCCUCUAACAGACCACCAGUUUGAUUCAUCAUUUGGAAACCAGUACUCAGAAAUCUUCAUUUUUAACUGGAGUUUUCCUAAAAACUUGUUUACUGACCUCACUCCUCCUCUGGAGCUCUGUAUCCGAACAAGGUGGAAGGAUGCAUUUGUCAGCUGGAAUGACACGGAGCCUAUUCUCUGAGUGACCAUCUGUUUUCAGUUUGCUUUUGUUAUUCUGCUGGUUUAUUUCACGUCGGUUUUAUUAAGUAUGAACGUGACAUUGGACACAGAAAAGUGCGAUCGAAAGCUUCAGAGCCUGAGCCGUAAGAAAGUGAAAACUGACCCGUUUAAAUUUGGCUGCCAUCCUUUUCGAAGCAGUUCCUUUGUUCCUCUUCACAUUCCCUGGAAGUCAGCUUUUUAAUGGAUAUUUAUUUAUUUUGAAUCCCAAAGUGCUGCUUCUGAGCUUCAGUUAAACUUUUAGAGGCGCAUCUGCCGCUGGUCAUAAAAAUACGUGCACUCCUGAUGUUGGUUGUGCAACAUCUCUCUGAAUAAUGACGCAGCGACUGUUUGUGUGUUUUUAUUAUUUACUACUUCAUUUGUUUUCAUUCAACAGGAAUGAUUUACAGACUACUGCCAGUAAAUGCUUUUUAGUAAAAUGAAGCCGGGGCGGUCCACGAAGAGCCGCAGCGCUCGCCAUAAUCUGCAGGUUUUGUCCUCAGUUGACUUUAAAGGUAACAAAGUAACAGAAACAUUGUUACAUUGUUAGCAUUUCCUUUCCCCUGUUGCCGAGAACAGGCAAAGGAAAAACUUUAAUGUUGACACAUUUUGUUCAGGCCAAAACGUUUCCUAAUAAUAACGACGUUCUUAAAAUGACGUUUUUAUUUCUGAUGGCAGCGCGUCAGCUGAUGCACACGACCACGAUCCAUUCACGCGUAAUGGGAACGCUCCCAGGACCUUUUGAUUGCACUUCAGCGUUACUGUUUGGUCCGUCUGAGACGAAGCGUUGUGCAUCGCGUCGUCUGUCACAGCCUGAUCCUGCUGACGGACAUUUACGAUGUUUUUGGGGAAUAGUUGGUGUUUGAAAGUUUAGCAAUAAGAAUAUGUGCAUGUGAAUGUUUUAGAUGUGUUGCUGCAGGACAGUGUUCACCGCAGUGGCCUUCUGCUGUCAGCUGGUCCUAUUAACAUAAAGCAUCGUCUCCACAUUUUACACUAAAUUAAUUUGAUUUCUCUCUGAUGAAUAUUUGGUAAAUGGACUGAUUCUCACACUCAAAGCGCUCUAUACAAAAUAUAUGUAACUAUUAUUAUUUUAAGGACUUAUGACACAUGUAAUCUAGAUUAACUUUUAGUGAGUGUGACAUUCCUCAUAACUGCCUUGAUGCUUGUUCACGUUGGACGAACCACCUGUGUGGACAAUAAAAUAAUUGAAUACCU